AUGUUGACUUGCAUAGCGUGUACCAAGCAACUCAAUAAUGGAUCUCUUUGCCAAGAAGAAGAGGAAGAAGCUGUUCACACGCCUAGCACCAAGCAAGCCAUCAAGGCUCUCACUGCACAGAUCAAGGACAUGGCAGUGAAGGCUUCUGGGGCCUAUAAGAGCUGCAGACCUUGUUCAGGAUCUUCCAACGGUAACAGGAAUAGGAAGUAUGCAGACUCAGAUAUGGGGUCAGAUUCAGCAAGGUUCAACUGGGCUUACCGCAGAACUGGGAGUUCCAAUUCAACCCCAAGGAUGUGGGGGAAGGAAACGGAAGGUGGUAGGGUGAAAGGGCUCUCCAGCGGCGAAGGAACACCAGCAUCAGUGAGUGGACGCACUGAGUCAGUGGUGUUCAUGGAGGAGGAUGAGCCUAAGGAGUGGAUUGCCCAAGUGGAGCCUGGUGUGCUUAUUACUUUUGUUUCAUUGCCUCAGGGAGGGAAUGAUCUCAAAAGGAUACGGUUCAGUCGUGAAAUGUUUAAUAAAUGGCAAGCUCAGAGGUGGUGGGCAGAGAAUUAUGACAAGGUCAUGGAGUUGUACAAUGUUCAAAGGUUCAAUCAACAAGCAGUUCCUCUUCCAACCCCACCUAGAUCUGAAGAUGAGAGCUCAAAGAUUGAAUCUGCUAGGGACAGUCCUGUCACUCCUCCGCUCAGCAAAGAGCGUGCACCCCGCCAUUUUCACCACCCAAUGGGAAUAGGCUACUCCUCAUCUGAUUCACUGGAUCACCACCAAAUGCAACCUCAACCUUGCUAUGAAACAAGUGGUCUGGCAUCAACACCUAAUCUUUCCAACAUUAGUGCACCUAAGACUGAAAAAUCAUCCCUUGAUGGUUCUGUAAGGACCAGCUCAUCUGGAGAAGAUCACUCAGGCGAUUUUUCAAUCAGCAAUGCCAGUGAUAUGGAAACUGAAUGGGUUGAACAGGAUGAACCAGGAGUCUACAUCACUAUCAGAGCACUGCCAGGUGGAACCAGAGAACUCAGGCGUGUUCGGUUCAGCCGAGAAAGGUUUGGAGAAAUGCAUGCGAGAUUGUGGUGGGAAGAGAACCGUGCUAGGAUACAAGAACAAUACUUGUGA